CACGGAUGGGAGUCACAAAUGUUCCCAUGAACACAUCAUCGGCAUCCUCUCGGUCUCGUCUCAGGAGCCUCCCUGCCGGAAACUAAAGAGUAGUGUCACUUACGAGUUAGAGACACCGUCCCCACUCCGCUCUCCAGAAACUCCCCCGUCGUCUAGCUAGGCCUAGGCGCCUAGCCACCUCCCAGGAAUGGAUCAGCGCGUCUCCCAGGAAUCGUCGUCGGAUCGUCGGCGCAAGCGCAAAGACGUCGCGGCGGCGGUGCCGGAGGGCGUCCACGGAGAGUCCACGGACAACGGCGGGUACGACGAUACUGAUGAGACCGCGGGUGUGCUGACCAAGGAGCAGCAGGCGGUGGAUGUGGUCGAAGAACAAGCCUCGGCGCCGCUCCAGCUCCUGCUCCGCGCCUGCGCCGGCUGCCUGGUGGGCCUUCUGCGCGGCUACCGCAGCGACCCGAAGCCGGCCGCCGCCGCCGCUGCUGCUUCUGUGGCCGCAGAAUCGCCGCAGGAAGGAGACAAGCCGUUUGGCAGCGAGGAGGUGGGCACUCAGGUGUUGGCGGCGACGAGGACGCCGCCGUGGCCGCCGUGCCCUCCUGAAGAAGGUUCCGGUGGCAAUGGAGGCAGCCACAACUAGCUAGCUAGCUACUAGGCAUGCAAACGUACGGCCGGUGAUCUCUCUUCGGCUUCGUCGCACGCUUGUCCGAUGAACAGACAGCUCCUACGUACGUACUACGGAGUAUUUCGGUGGCCCAAUCAGGUUGUAAGUAGAGAGAGGUGCUUAGGUUAUUAGUAGUAUUUUUUAAUAAAUAAGUGUGUGUGUGUGGCU